CUUACAAAAGUACAAGCAGAUUCGAAAUGAUUGUUGUGCAAAUUUAUUCAUUUUUUUCAUUUAUCGUAAUUCAUUUGAUGAUUUGAGAUCGUUUGACUUGCAUCACAUUAUCAAAAUGAUAAUUAUAAAAUGGUACUACAUCCAAUUAACUGAGUGUACUGAAAUUAUAACCAUAUAUGUCUUCACUGCACUGGGGGGCAUGUUACGAUGGAAGCCCAUCCCGUAACUAUAAAUUUGCGCAAACAACAAUUUCAAUAUUUAAUUGCAGUACGAUGAACAAGUAAAGGUCGGGAUUUAACGAAAAUCAAUUAGAUUUCCAUCCAACGUAAGGGUUUUAAGCUUUAAAAAUCCAAGAUUCAGGGUUUAGAGUAAUGGGUGAGUGUUAGUUCGUUAUACUUCAUAUCAUCAUAUUAGACUAACAGUGGUUUCUAUGAUACCUUCGGUAAAUAUGUGGUACGUACCCUCAUACAUUAAUUAGUAAGAACGUUAUAUAAACCUUGCGUUGACAUAAUUUUGUACAUGAUACUAUAUACUCUAACUUUAACGAGUAAACUCACCAUGUUAAUAUUAUGCCAAUCCUAAAAUAGUGCAUCCAAUUUAUUGAAUGUAUUUCAACAAAUCAAUCAUAUUGUUUCUAAUCAGGCAUUGUUGUAGAAAGUGGGUAGAGCACAUAUUCAUGUUCAUAUCCUUUUGUUGGUUGGUGGAUUAGGACAACAAACUAAAAUAAGAUGGGAGCCUUAGCUAGCUAGCUAGCUAGGAAUGUACACAACUGGCUUGGCUCCCACAGAAAUUUACAAGGUGGGUUUUUUUUUCCUUUUAUUAACGAAUAGAAUAUGUACAAAUGACAAGUUUGUAAUUAGGGUUUGUUUAUAGUGUAUAGGAGGAAUGGUUCAAACUCGCAAGAAAUUGAUAACCUAAGUUAACAUUUAAAUAGGGAGCUAGUAGAAGAACUCCAUACCUAACCAACUGCAACAACGACGAAGGAACAGCCCAUGCGUACGUACUCCAAGUUGACAUGAACGGGGGAUUGACAAAGAGUGUUCUCAAACUUCUGACCAAGAGGGUAAACAAAUAUAUAAUAUGGAGGGAAAUUAUUGUGAAUAAACAAUAAUCUACUUCUUCGUCGGUAUACUCACGAAAAAUGAGUGCAUACAAUGCACCUAACUCUAAAACUAGCAUUAAGAUAUCAAAUUUUGGAAUUUAAUGAUCAGUAGCAUUUCUCUAAUAUGAUGAUACAACAUAAGAUCACAACUAGCCAAUGUAUUAACAUAAGCCGUAAACCUUCAAUUUGAACACCUAAUCCUAAACCCCAAGUUGUAUAUCCUAAACCCUUACCCUGAAUUCCUCAACACUAAAUCCUUCACAUCAAAGUAAAGUUGAAUGAUUUUUGUGCUAAUUCGUGCACUUACUUGCCCAUCAAAUCACAAGUGAUGGUUGACAUUGUUUUUAACAUGAAUUGUCUGCACAAAAAUAAAGUGUAACCUAUAAUUAUUAUAAUGAUAAAUUAUAAUUAUUCGCAGCGAAACUAUAUCUUCAAUACUUGGUAACUUUGUGCAGGGUGACAAAUGUUAUUUUACGUUGCAUGAGAAAGAACUCGUCGACUAUCACUCCUACAAUUGUUACGAAUGAGAACGCCACAACUAAGAUUACCCCUCCGUCCUCACUCCACAUUUUGUAGGAAGACACUUCCGCACUUGUUGAGAGAAACGCUUCCGCCAUUACCGAAUUUAGUAGGUUGGGGUAAGUACAAUCACAAGAAAAAACUGAAGGGGCCUAAAUCCAUCCGCAAUCUAUUUCUUUCAGUGCAAGGUUGAUCACUGAGAUUACUAAAAAAAGUCACUUUGAUAACUAAAUAUUUUAUUUCAUUCAUGUUAAUUUACCCAUUCCUUUUUGUUUAUUUACAAACAAAUGACGUAUAGUUCAGGGAGAUAGCUGAUUAAGCUCUUGAAGUCAAUAAACAAUUGUUAAACAUCAAUCCGAUUAAGGAGUUGGUCUAUCAAAUCCAUCUACCCCCAAGAGUAACAAGUGAAAAAUAACGUAGUUAGUAGUGACUCUUUCGUCAAUUAUAAUUCAACCAGGCUAGACUUUAGCCUCACCAAAUCACACCUGCUGUUCUGAAGGCUAGAAUGUAGAACCCCGAGCCGUAGAAAGUAUAGACAAAUGGCAUAGACUGAGACGCCAACGGAGGCAUCCAAGCUCAGGAAACCAACACAAGAAACCACCAAGUUCAGAGCUUAUUUAAAUCUCCCCGAAACCACACCAUAAUAACUUAGGGAAACAGUUCAAAAGUCCCAUAAUUUCUGAAGCUAAAAUACAUGUAUAUAUGCGGAGCUAGUAGAUUUGGAGGCUUGUUAUGAUGGCCUACAAAACGACAAGGCAAUUGCAAAGCAACAAAGGAUGCAUUACCAAAGUCGAGCUCGCUAUGCAGUGAUCGACAUAUCGACCUUCCUUGGACGAUGAUAGAUGUGCCUGUUGCCUGGAAAAGCCUCGCGAGAAAUGUCUACCAGCGCUUUGAAGCUGUAAGGCUCGUGCAUUGAUAUCUCCGACAACACUUUCCGGUUCAGCUGGAUGUUCUCCUUCUUGAGCCCGUGCAUGAAGUGACCAUAAUGGACCUGCAUAUCACACGAUAGAGAAUCAGAGAUGCCCUGCAAUUACCACCGUUUCGUUAACAGUUUCUUCUUUACAUGCUAUGCAUUCCCUAAGCUACGUCUAGAAACAGAAGUCUGACAACCACAGAUUUCAAGAGAUUGGUCGGGGAUAUUUUAAGUGACAGCUCAAUUAUGAUACAUGUUAGGUGAUAUGACAUAAGUGUUAAGUGAGGCACAUUGAAGCAGGUUAAAAUAUCCUAUCAAAUAACAUGACCAGGUUGAUUAAUUCCAUGUUUAAGGAAAGAGACCCAAAGCUUUAACAGCAAUAUUAUCAACUUUCAGCUAUGAGAAUACAAUUGGGAGAAAGAAGACAGAAGACAGAAGACAAACUGGCAAUUUAUUUCUUCUAGAAACAUAGAUUGGCCCCAAGCAACAUCUUUAGAACUAGAACAGGUCCCAAUUAGCCGGCCAACAGAUAUGACAUAAGUGUUAAGUGAGGGGCACAUUGAAGCAGGUUAUGAUAUCCUAUCAAAUAACAGGACCGGGUUGACCAAUUCCAUGUUUAAGGAAAGUGACCCAAAGCUUAACAGCAUUCAGCUAUGCGAAUACAAUUGGGAGAAAGAAGACAGAAGACAAACUGGCAAUUUAUUUCUUCUAGAAACACAGAUUGGCCUCAAGCAACAUCUACUAGAACUAGAGCAGGUCCCCAGGUCCGAAUUAGCCGGCCAACAGACAGUUAGCCAGCCAGCUAAAAAUUGAGCAGAACAUCUUAUCAAAUCUCUAGAUACAGAGGAUCAAAGGAUCCUCAAAGCCAAGCAAUGUUCCAUGCAAAUGGAAGAAACCUCCACCACCGCCAAACAGAUUCCGACUUUAUUCACAAACUGCAAUCACCCUCUAGGUACUAGGCGGUCUAAAAGAGCAACUGAUUGGAUUUAAACUGCAAGUUCUUAACUUGUAGACCACAAAGCGAAAUAAUAAGCACAUUAUUAUUUUCACACAACCACUAACUAGUUCCGCUAAUCAAGUAGAAAGUACGAAGCAGAGCUUCCAAAUAGGUGCACUGGACACAAGAGACAAAGAAACCCAGGAGAUGGAUCCAGAUGCAAAAAAUGCUUAUAAAGGAAGAGAAAGAAGCUUCACUUAUGGUGUGCUUUCUCAGACAAAUUCUUGGUCUUUACCUAUCUAAUAUCUAUUGCACUUAACAGUUUCUCAUCACUCAUAACUUGCAGAAAUAAACCAUAACCAUCCCUUAUCUUACAGAAAGCCUAGAGCUGAAAUUAUGCGUGAAUGAAAGUGUAUCAUGCAG